CGUCACUUUGGGUUUUUCUCCUCCUAUGGAGGACGAGUCGGCGGUGAGGAAUCUCUUGUGUGCCGUGUUUGGGGAUUCCGAAGAUGAUAGUGGCGAGGAUGGGAUCUUCUCCGAGAGACAAUGGGAGCAUGUAGAGGAGGUCGAGGGUCUUUGGAUAUGUCGAGAUUUUCUUUCCAAUCACGAGCAACAGGAGCUUAUAGACGACAUUGAGGCUGUAGAGUCAUGGUUUACAAACCCAAACGAAAAUCAGGCAAUGAGAUUUGGAGGCUUGCCUUUGUGGGCGUUGAAUCUAUCAGCACUCGUACAUAGCUGUGUGCUCGAAGAGCAGCUCUCCAAAAGAUCCAAGAUCUUGGCUCGAGAAGUUAUAUCCAGAGAGCCAUUGUUCGAUCAAAUGAUCGUGAAUUCUUACAAGCCUUUGGAGGGAAUAGGUGCUCACGUUGAUCUCUUGCGUUUCGAGGAUGGAAUCGUGAUCUUGUCGCUGGUAUCCUCCAGAGUUAUGACUUUUAAAAGCUGCGAGGAUGGCUCCAGAAAAGUGGGAGUGAUGCUUCGUCCGGGUGAUUUGCUCGUCAUGUCUGGAGAGGCCAGAUACGGCUGGACGCACGAAAUCAACACAAACCCCGCGCAGCAAAUCUGGGAUGGAGUUCCAGUGCCGCAAGAAAGCAGGAUCUCGGUCACGCUUCGAAGAUUAUGCCGCCAAAACUAAGAUUUUUCCUAUGAACUUGGGAGUCAGUCAGUCAAUCCAGGAACACUCCACAUGAGGAUCUUCCUCCCGUCGUGUGCCAAGAACUUAGAAAACAAUAUCACCCUCCGCUUGUGGAGUUUGCGAAGAAUUGAACUUGCUCGUUCUCUCGAAUCACAUGAUGUUUGGUUCGCUUA